UUGUUUUCAUGAUCUUAAUUUUGUGCCAUGUAAUGUACAAUGUUAGUGUUGUAGUACAUAUCUAUGACCACCAGGGAGCAGAUUCUACACACCUAUGUUUCUGCUGUGAACCAGACUAGACCUCAUAGCCCGUUCAGCUUGCUAAUGCUAAAGCUGACUUGUGUAAAGAGCAUGUGAUGAUCUAGAUUCUGUUAGAAAUGCGGUUAAGUAAGAGUAAAAAGUAAAUGAGUAAAAUCACAUCAAUCAUGUUGACUAAUGCAGACAGCCAUUCAGCCCUUUCCCUACUAUUUAUCAGCUGUUAAAUUCUUACAUGUAUCGAUUGGUUGUUUGUUUUAACCUCAGAUUCUAAAGUCCAGUGAUUCAUUGCAAAACAACACACAAUCACAUGGACACAUUUAGUGCAGCCACACACACACACACACACACACACACAAACACACACACACACACACACACACACACACACACACACACACACACACACACACACACCAAGUGACACAGAAAAACUGACAAAGACAAAUGUAGACCUUUGCUCUUUUAGUGGUAUGUUUGUGUGGUGUUGUGGGAGGGUGGAUGUAGUCUAUGCGAGUUUGGCCUCAGUGGCUGACAGGAUGCAGAGUGUGGUGAGUCUGGUGUCUCUGCUGGUCCUGGGGUCGGCCUGGACCCUGAAAGCCAUCCCUGUGCACUCAGAACCUCUUGUCACCACACAGGAGCGCUUCGAUGUUGGCAGGUUCAUGGGGAGGUGGUAUGAGGUAGCAGUUGUUUCUACCUGUCCUCACUAUAUGCAGCACAAGAGGGGAAACCCUGCCAUAGUUGCAAUGGAGCUGCAACAAAUUGCCACAGUAGGCAACUUCACCAUGACAUCCACUCAUUUGCGGAAUGGUUCAUGUAAGCAGACAACUACACAUUAUAGUGUGACCGACACUCCUGGAAGAUUCUUCCAUCAUUUUGCACGAUUUGGGGCAGAUGUGGAUUCUUUUGUGGUUCAUACAAACUAUGAUGGUUUUGCAAUGAUGCUUCAGCUUAGCACAGAGAAACCAUCGGGGAUUCAAACCACCAAAGCUAAGCUUUACAGUCGAACUAUGAACAUGGGUUCCGCUGUGAUGGAAAACUUCAAAACGCUGGUCAGACAUCAUGGAAUGAGUGACGACAAUAUCAUCAUAAAUCAGAGCGAAGGUGAGUGUGUUCCAGGUGAACAGGUGACCAAACCCAUCCCAGCUCAAUCUCAGGGGGAGAGAUCCAGUUGAAUACUGAAGAGGAGGAACAUCACACCCAAAACACAUUGUGUCAUCAUUCUAUAAAUGCAUUGUGAGAAACAUCUUCUUGUGGGUUAAUUAAUGCAACACUGUGUUGUCAACAUUGACUUUGCAUGGCAAUUCUGUAUACAUAGGCCUGUAAGUCACUGUUUCAUUUAGGUAUUUGUUCAUGCUUGACUUGACUUUUUUCGUCAAAAUAAUUGGUAUUCAGGUUCUUCACUCUCUAUUAAAUUGAUUCUGUGUUUAUGUUUGUGUUGGAGCUUUAAGGGAACAUACAGAAACUAUCUUUUUAAUAAGCUCCACUAACAGAAACGAGGUCAAACUAGGAUACAUAUUGGAGAUGCUCUUGAAAAAUGGAGAGAGGUCAUAAUGCAGAAAGGUUUCAAGACCGAGAGCUGGCUAAACACUGAAGCUUCAGUGUCCGGGAAUUGGCAACCUGCAUCCACUAGGGAGGAGGGGGCGGGGGCCGGAGAUGGCUCUCUCCAAUGUUUUGAAGUUGGACUGCAGUACCCGUUUUGAAUGCUAGGUGUCAGAAUUACAUAUUGCUCCUUUAAUCCAGAUGGAAAGUAAAACACUGGUCAAAACAAUGUUUAAAUAACACAUAGAAAACAUCAAAUAAUUUAGGGGAUUUCAGCACCUCGUUAUAUACUUCUUCAUUACCAUAAGCUUUCAAUCUUAUGGCCAUGUCAUUUGCUUGCUCCCUACUCAAUUCCCUUUAUAAUUCAUUACUAUAGUGCUGAUUCUGUAAAUCUCUCAUGUGCACAUCACAUCUAAUAACAUUUUCAUCAAAACUUGCAUAAUUUCCUGAGAAAAUACUAGAGAAUCCCUUUUCCCACUCAAAAGCACCUUUCACCUGUCUGAGGAUAAUUCCUGUCCUUGCCAUAUUUCCAUAUUUUCUCAUGAUGUUUGGGCCCCAGCUUAUUUAUCUCAUUCCAAAAGCACUUUGUGUUAUUAAUCUGAAUGUUUUCUUGGUUUAGCGAUUCGCCUCGAGAUGUAUCUUUGUCCAGCCGGAGGAGGUUGUCCAUACAGAACCUUUUAUUUGUCAACAUAAAAUAAACUGAAGAUGAAAAAAAGAUAGAAAUAAAAAAAGUAGAGCUAAACACGAUUCACAAUGACCUACAGCAUUUACCAAUUAGUGCUGUAUCGCUUUAAUGAAAAAUCAAUUUAGCUUCCCUCAUAUUUCACCUAAUUUAAAUAGUUUUAAGGAAAUGUCUUUGUUAUCUUUUGACGAUUAUUAUCUUAACCUCAAAUGAUGUGGGUAGGUUCUACUUGAAAUGCAGAAUUGAAGAUGCUUUUUAAUGAAUAAACAUCAGUGACUUGUGGCUACAACGGUAA